GCAAAUGUCCCGGAAAGCACUUAAAGUGGUCGUUGAAAUAAACUUCAGAGCGGUUUCUUGCCCUGGAGUUCAUCUGCCAGCCAAGCAUGAUGUCUACCUUAGCGUGUGCUUCAUGGGCCAGUACCGUCAGUCUGAAUGUCUCCCUGCCUUCUUUCCUCUGCUGUUUCAUGAGAAGAUGACCUAUGAAAAAAUUUUCAGGCAUGCAGUUGACCCUGGAGACAUCGCUGUGAUGCUUGAGUAUGAGACAGUCAGAAUUGAACUGGUGCAGCUGAUUCCUCCAGUGGGGGACACUCUGGCCUGCUUUGAAGAAGAUGCUCGACGUUUCUUAUUCCCAGAGCCCAAACUGCUUCCCUCCUUCUCUGGAGUAGAUCGAGAGGUUCUGAUGACCCGAGCAUCUCACUUUCCAGGUAUCGCUCCCAGGUUGGAGUUUUCCACCAAAACAACCAUCAUUGAGUGCUCAGCUGAUGCAGAGAUCAACAUCUACCCCAAUGUGCUCAUAAGACCAGUGAUAAAGAGGAACAGGAAACAGUCCAGCAGACCCAGGACCUCUUCUCCUCAGAGGAAACAACACCAAAACCUUGGCAGGGUAUGCAGGGAAAGGCACAGGCCACCGUCAUGCAUUUCCCGAUCCCGAUCCCUGUCCCCUCAAAGAGCUGGAAACACCCAGCGCCUGGCCCGACUCAGCCUGGACCCUGCAUCUCCUGGCCCUGAUGAGACCCAGUCUAUGUUGGCUUCGUGGCCUGGAGCAAGUCGAUCUGCCUCACCCCAGCGCUCUGCAGUGUUUACCAACUCCUCUUCGCCUUUGACCAGGUCUUCAUCCGCAGUGAGAUAUUCUCCAACUGGCAGAAGAAAAUCUUUAUCCAAUGGUUUGGUUGGAGGGACAUCAGAAGACAAUUCAAGCUCUUCAGAAACACAUGACCCCCUUGACCACCACCAAGGUCCUGACCCUUCAAGACUGUGGCAGUCUUAUAGGGAACAGACCAAGCACAGCAGGUCUCAGUCCAGGUCUCACAGAGAAUGGGAAGAGGUCCAUGAACGUGUUCGGGGACUCCUUACAACACCAAAAGCUGUACGCCGACUUGUCUAUGGGGCCACACACUCCGAGAUUGACAAGGUUUUAGCCAGGAGGUCCAUCUCUCCAGGUCCACCAUGA